UGACAUCGCUCUGAUCCAUCUAUCGAAGCCUCUGGCCAUCAAUGAUUUUGUGAGACCUAUCUGUCUGCCGGACCACAUCCCUAAAGUGGGCACUCGGUGUUACGCCACCGGCUGGGGCAAAGCUCCAGUCAUGCGGCAGGUGUCUGUGGAUGUCACGUCCAGGGAGUACUGUAAACUGGCCAUCAGCCGGCCAGAGCUGAGUGUCCCCUACAAGCUGACCCCCAACAUGUUCUGUGCAGGUGGAGCAUAUGCUCAUGACUCCUGCCAGGGUGACAGUGGUGGUCCUCUAGUCUGUCGACGGGAGAAUGCCACGGAUGAGUGGUACCAGGGAGGCAUUGUGUCGUGGGGAGUCAUCUGUGGCCACCCCAACACACCUGGGGUAUACACAAACCUUCCUCUUUACGUCAGCUGGAUACGUGAGGUCAUCAGUAAUUACUCUUACCCUGUCAACUGA